UUAGGGCUGUGCCUGCUGGGUUGUUGGGGCUGUGAAUGUGUACACAGGGCCCCUGUGCUUGCUGGGUUGCUGGGUUGUUAGGGCUGUGAGUGUGUACAUUGCUGACUGUCUGUCGCCCCCUGCUGUCUCCUCCAGGCCACUGCACCCGUGAGCAUCCCCUCUUCCACCUCCACCUCCAGCAGCUUCAGCUUCACCCCGACAACCAACUCCAGCAUCAGCAUCUCAUGGCAGUCCCCACCUGUCACUUUUACUGGCAGAUCAGCCUCCCCCACACACACUCGCUCACAGGGAUUUGGAGAACAACAGCAGCGCUCACACACCAUCACUGCCCUGUCCUCACCACCCAGAGCCACCAGCUCACUCAGACUGCCAUCAGAGACCUUCAUCUGAGACACAUCCUCCUACAGACUGCCAUCAGAGACCUUCAUCUGAGACACAUCCUCCUACAGACAACAAGACAGUCCACAUCGUCUUCAGUGAUGGCGUCUGCUGGCCUGCUGCUCCUGCUGCUGAUGUCAUCCUCCCUCCUGGUUUCCAUGGUGAACGCCUCUCCACCUGCCAAACGCAACCUGCCGGCGGAAUCCUCUCAGCUUACCAAACGCGCCCGACCAGGGGAAGUCACUUCGGACGAUUUAAACAACGGCAAACUAGCGCUUCAAGUGGCUAAAGAAGGGGGUUUCGUUGCUCUUAACGUCCUUGAGAAGCUGUUGAUCGCUGCCAUCAGUGUUUCAGCAUUUAUUUCACCAGCUAUGCCAGCUGGCAUACUGGCAACUGGUCUUCUGAGUGCAGCACUGGCUGGAGUGUCGCUGACAAAGGAUUAUGUUGGUGAUGAAGCAAAAUUAGAUGUUGCUACUUUAAAAAAUGAAUUUAGAAAUCUACAUUCUAAAAUGGACGGCCAUUUUAAAGAUCUGAAAUGGGAUGUCUGGGCUGCUUCAGUUUACCACCAGCAAGAGCAGAAAAUCAAUGUACAAUGGGAUUUGUUCUUAAUAAUGAAUGAUGCUGUUUUGAAGGCAACAGAUGACAAAGCAAAGAUGAAACAUAUAAAUGAGUUUGUGGACAAAUACGAUCCUAAGUAUGUAAUUGCAUUGUAUAAUGUGCUGAAGGAUGAAGAGGCAGUGUUCAAGAAUAAGUUUAAAGUAAUGCUUCGUGAACAUGUUAACUGUCAUGAAAAGGCGCUUGCCAUAAUCACUGACCGUAUUAGUCUGCUGAUAUACAAGGGCAACACAAUGAGUCAGUUAUACUACGCUGCCAAGGGCUUACUGUGUGAGGCCAGAGAGGAAUCGCAAAUUGCAAUUGCAUAUGAUGUAUUAUUGCUUUUGUCCGAAGUCCAUAAGGACAGCGUUUCUCACAGCAUGGAAUGUGUUCAAAAUGAUGUAAAAGGAGUCAUUGACAAACACACUGCCAAUGACCGUCAAAAGCUAGCCGAUGAUGUCUGGAAGUAUUUGAAUGAGAAUUAUGACCAGUACGACUGGAUGGUGGUGGCAUUUAUAUCCAAACACUCCUCUAGUGUCUUUCCAACCCUGAGGAGCCACAUCUUGACAUAUUUUACUAGUGUGUCAAAUGAUAAGGUCACUGUGAGUGUAGCCAGACAGGUGAAAGGCUCUCAGACAUCACAGAUAAAAGACAUUACAGACGCCAUUACCAGCUGCGUUGGGACAAACACUCUGUGCUAUAAGGUGGCAGAGACACUCCGUUUAUGUGACAGAAAGGUGGGACCAUGGGGCGCAGGAGUCCUGGUGACCGAGACAUAUACGGCUGUACACGCCUUCACGAGGAAAGCUCAUGACAGCCACAAUUGUAAGGAGAUGGAGGAGGAGGUCAGUGCCUUUCCAGAAGUACACUCGGUUAAGACUCCUUAUAUCUACUCUGGGGCCUGUAAAGAGUCCACGGGCGUGAAGGGUGGCAAGUUUGUUGUUAUGAUUAAAAGUGAGGAAGAAAUUAUUGGUAAAAAAAAUCCCUGCGAAAGGAUGAAUUGUGGUGGGGGUCAGUGUGUUUCUAUGAUGUCCCAUGGCAUCUUUCGGGCCCUGUGCGAGUGUAAAUAUCCAUACUAUGGCGAGCAAUGUGAAAAGACCAUAGAGAAUUACAAGAAAGAGUUGAAGAAACAGGGCCAGGAUAAUAUAGCCACACGAAAUAUAUAGGUCCGUAAUAUAUAGGUCCGUAAGCCCCGAUUUCCACCAGAUCCAUCUACGUUUCAUUCCGUCUGCAUUCUCGACUCUGUUGCCACGCCAAUGCAGCUUGUAGUCGCCACUAGACUCGCUGCUUGUCAUUCCACCCGCUGCACCACGACACGUUUCAGAGGUGUUUCAGCACAUCGACGCUCUGCUUUGCUUUAAAUCACAUGACAAUAUGCAUUUGUAACACCUAGACCACGAUGACAAAUAAAAUAAAUGAAACCUUUGCACCAUACAUACUGUAGAAACAUACACAAAUAAUGAAGAGUCUUCAACACAACAUGAUAUGCUGCUUCUGAAGCACACUUGAAGAUCGGCAGAGGACGAAAUAAGAACAUGAUGCAGACGGAACGUUACUGAGACCGAUUCAGUGGAAAUAAUUAACUUAAGAGUCGCAAUGCGCUUCGCUAAUAGUGUGGUCUGGUGUCAAAAAAUCUCAUGAAAUGCUGUCAGCUUAUCCUGGAUGACAUAUUUUGAUAAAUUGUAAAUGUAUGUAUACUCUUUUGAUCCUGUGAGGGGAAAUUUGGUCUCUG